UAUCCAAUAUAUAUAUAGUUCGUCCCAAUUUCGAUAUUAAUACGAGAAUCAUCGCAGUAGAAAGAAUAGUUACAAUCUCGGCCUACCGCUCGUUGUACAUAUAUACGUAUUCUGAUCAUUUUACUUCUCGCGCAUACUUAUUCAUACAUAUUGUUCAGUUAUCUUUUUCAAUCCGCGGAGAGCAGUUCCUCGGCCGCCGAGGCUGGAUAUCAUAGAAGCGGCUCCAUGUAUAAUAAAUAACGAAACUCUGAAGUUCGAACAAGCUCGCCACAAAGUUUAAGUGGUGGCACACGUUUUCACUUUUACUGUUAUUGUUACUUUUCGAUUUUUCUAUUUUCAAUAAUUUUUUUACUUUCCUCACCGCAAACUCAAAUUACACAUUAAUUUAUAACCGAUCGAUCUCUGCCGUUCGAGCCGGGCUCGUUUGAAACCUGCACCCUAAUUACUGUUAGAAGAACGUAAAAAUAUAUUUACAAUCAGUGGAAACAAACGUCGAGUCAAUUAUCGACAAUGUCAGACAGUGAUAAAGUUCAUGUGGGUGUCCACGAGGGCAGCGUGAUGAUGCGUUAUACCGUCAUCCAAGUGCUCUGCAUCUUCAUUCUUUCGAUCGUCGAAAUUCGCGGGGCGCCGAUUUCUGUUCAAAAAUCGACAGACGUACUUUCAGUGCCUCCAGCAUACGCGCUGACGUUCAUGAAGAAUUUUGGGUACUUACCCAGGGGAAUGUCUGGAGCGCAAGCACAGUAUAGCCAAGAUUCGAUGGUCAACGCAUUAAAGACUGUUCAGAAGUUCGGCAACAUAACUCAAACGGGAGUGUUCGAUAAUAACACGCUCCAGUUGAUGAAAUCACCACGAUGCGGUGUUCCUGAUGUUGAUAGAAACGUGAACACUCGAAGGAAGCGAUACGUCAUCGCAUCUAAAGGAUGGGGAAAACGAAACAUCACCUAUUACGUAGCAAACUGGAGUCCGAAGUUAAGUGAAGAGGCUGUCAGUGCCGAAAUCGCAAGAGCUUUUGCUGCUUGGAGUGGAUAUUCGCGUUUGAAUUUUAAACAAAUCAACGAUCCGAGUGCAGAUAUAAUAGUGGCGUUUGGAAGAGGCGAACACGGAGAUGGGAAUGCCUUUGACGGUCCUGGAAUAGUCCUGGCCCAUGCCUUCUUCCCCAACCCGGCGGGGUCUUACGCGGGAGAUCUUCAUUUUGAUGACGAUGAACAGUGGAGAAUAAGGCCUACGGAAUCAGAAGACGGAACUGACUUUUACAGUGUUGCCGUUCAUGAAAUUGGUCACAGUUUGGGCCUCGAUCACUCGCCUGUACCUACCUCUGUCAUGUAUGCCUACUACAGGGGAUCGACCCCAGACAUGCAGCUCGACUAUGAUGAUAUUUUGGGAUUGUAUCAGCUGUACAUUUCUCAACAUGUGGAAGAUGAUGAUUUUGCAGCAAAUGAGCCAAUUACCACUACCACGGAGCGCGUCACGACAGAGAAAGAUGCCGAGGUAAACUUUGUCACAGAAGUACCCUCUCGGGAAACUACAACAGAACGGAGUUAUCAAGUAACGUACAUAGGGGAUUACGAAAUAGUUGAAGAUCAUCUCCAGCAUCAAUCUGAAGAUUACGACGAAGUCGAGACAUAUCCUACAUCAACCAUUCCCGAUAUCUGUGAUGGCAAUUUUGACGCCAUAUCAGUUUUUAGAACAGAACUUUUUGUUUUCAAAGGAGAGUAUCUUUGGCGACUGAGCAAGCGAGGGAUAAUUCAAAAUGGUUAUCCGGUCAAGUUCCAUGAGUUAUUUUGGCAACUGCCAGAUUAUGUUAAAAAAAUUGAUGCUGCUUACCAAAGAGAAGACGAUGCUAGCAUUAUUCUUUUCAGUGGGAAACAAUACUGGGUCUAUGAUGGAUACUCUUUUAUUGAAAACAGUCCCAGACCACUAACGGAUUAUGGUAUCGAUGAAGGUGUUGAUGCGAUAGACGCUGUGCAAGUUUGGGAGAAAAACAAAAAAGUCUACCUGUACAGGGGUGAGAAAUUCUGGAGAUUUAAUGCAACAUCCCGCAUGUUGGAUCCUGGAUAUCCUCACAACAUAAGAAGGUGGCGUGGAAUUCCAUCUCACAUCGAUGCUGCAAUGACAUGGAUCGACGGCAAGACUUACUUCUUCAAGGACAAAUUGUUUUGGAAAUUCGAUAACCUUCUAAUCAAGACUGACAAUCGCUACCCUCUUCCGGCUCCCCAAUACUGGAUGGGCUGUCCAGAGAGACCUGAUACUAUUUGGUGGUAAAUAAAUAAUAAUGAGAAAAAAAAACGUGAGCUCUGGGAGCAUGGUGAGAAGGUCGAAAUUUGUCACCAAUGGCCUUGUUGGCGUGAAGGUCAAUUUCUGACACAGGCCGCAACAACGAAACAAAAAAAAAAAAGGAAAUAAAGUGCCGUCAAUGA